UUUCUCCAAAUCACAAAUACUUGCAGAGAGAGAGACGAAGAUCGUGAGAAAAUGGCUUUGGCUUUGGCACGUUCAGCCCUUUCCCGUGCAGCGAUCCGUGGAGCUUCGAGGACCUCAGCUCCCCGUCGGAACUUCUCCUCAAAAGGCCACCAUGACGAUGCUUAUGAAUCUGCAAAGUGGGAGAAGAUCACGUAUUUGGGUAUUGCUUCUUGCACUGCUCUGGCCCUCUAUAACUUAUCAAAGGGUCAUCCCCACUACGAUGAGCCUCCUGCAUAUCCGUAUUUGCAUAUGCGCAACAAGGAGUUCCCUUGGGGACCAGACGGCUUGUUUGAGGUGAAGCACCACUAGCAUGGAGGCCUUGUGUCAUCUUCACAUAAUAAUGUCGCUUGAACCCUUGUUUCAGAGAGAAAACCUUUCUUUACUCAUUUCGCUUUCUGAAUUUUAUUUUAAUCUUACUCCGUGUCUGUGACCUCAAAUCUGUUAUUGGGGGAAUAAGUAUCAAACUUUAUUUUGUAAUCCAAGAUUCGAUUAUGCAAUGGUGAUGGCUUCCAAGCUCCAACCUUUUCUCAA